AAGAAAAAAGUGUCGCUCUUAAAUGGAUCAAAAGUUAUAAAGGGAUAAAAAAUGAUGCACGAGAGGUUAGGAAAUCUGUCAUGCCGGUAAUAUGAAGACUUAUGUUCCGUUCUUUUUAGUUCGUUUAGUCGGAAAGUGUAGGAAAGUACGUAUAGUGGGGGAGGUACUUCGCCCACAUCCCCUCUACAAAGAAAUCCUAACCAUACCAAACUUAUUGUAUCUUUAUACGUUGUUAGGCAUUGUUGAAAAUAUUAAAAUAUUUAAAAUCAACGCCCAACAAUAUAUAAAGAUGCAAAAAGUUAGGUUAGGAUUUCUUUGGGGAGGGGAUAUGGGGGAAGGGCGGAACCCUUCCCCGCUUAUAUGUACUAUUUUACACUUUGACGCAUUGUAUAUGUUUCUCAGUUAGUCUGUAUUAUCGGCAUGACAGAUUCCCUAACUCUAUAUGUGUCAUUUUUCAGAUUUUUAUAACGUUUGAUCUGUUUGAAAGCGAUACUUUUUUCUUUCAAAAUCGCAUUUUACGCAUUAAAAUACACAAUUGUGGAAAGUUUCAGCGAAAUUGGAUUUUAAAAGCAACAGGACAAUUAUUUGAAAAAUAUAACAAAUUUGUCAAACUCGCAAAAUGCCAAACUUGAGAGGUAAAGUAGUUGCUAAUUUGCGAGAAAAAUUUGUAAUUGAUCCUCAAAAAGCAAUAAGAUGGUUCCCUGGGCAUAUGACGAAAGGUUUGAGACAGAUGCAACAACGACUAAGAAGUAUUGAUUGUAUUCUUGAGGUCCAUGAUGCACGAGUACCAAUUUCUGGGCAUUAUGCAGAUUUUUCAAGAACUCUGACAAGUUUGAAACCACAUAUAUUUAUACUGAAUAAAAAAGAUCUAGCUGAUACAAGUUAUUCAGAAAGUAUAGUCUCUACAUUAAAUAGAAAAGGACUAUCCAAUAUAUUAUUUACAAAUUUGAAAAAUCAACAUUGUAAAGAGACCAAGAAAAUUGUGCCUUUAGCCAAAAAAUUAAUAUUAAAUUCAAACCGUUACAAUAGAUCAGGAGAACUAUCUUAUACUAUGAUGGUUAUAGGGGUACCUAAUGUUGGGAAGUCUUCUUUGAUUAAUCGUUUAAGGAGUAAUAACCUUUCGUUGGGUAAAGCCACUUCUGUUGGUGCAGAAGCUGGUAUUACACGCUCUGUUUUAACCCAUAUAAAAAUAUCGGAAGAACCAACUGUGUAUCUGAUUGAUACACCAGUGAACAUGUUUGCGAGAGUAACGUUUUAUCCUACCUUGUUUUACAACAUCGUCAUGGAAAAAAUUACAACACGAAAUUGGUAUGAUAGAAUAGACGAAACUGUCAUAUUAGGUGCCUUACCGUUUCGAUGGAUGACAAAACAGUUAAUCGACGAUGAAAAUAUUAAAGCUGUUGUAUCUAUGAACGAAGAUUAUGAAUUAUCUUUGUUAUCUAAUACAAAGAAGGAAUGGAACAAACACAAUGUGGAGUUUCUGCAACUAGCCACAACAGAUAUUUUUCAAGCACCUUGUCAAGAAAAACUGCAAAAUGGCGUAAACUUUAUUAAUAAAUUCUGUAACAUAUCAGUACGGAAACUAAAUAGUCCAGGUACUGUUGAUGAUUAUCAUCAAUAUGGCACAGUCUACGUUCAUUGUAAAGCAGGAAGAACGAGAAGUGCGACGUUAGUUGGAUGCUACUUGAUGAUAAAAAACAAUUGGACACCCGAGCAAGCAGUAGAUUAUAUGCGAACCAAAAGGCCGCAUAUAUUGCUUCAUACAGCACAAUGGGAUGCACUAAAACUUUUUUACGAGAAACAUGUGCAGCUAUAGAGUAAUAAUUAACAAGUUAAUUAAGAUUAUUUAAUAUAUUAUAUAUUAUUAUA